AUCCAAAGGCUGGAUUUGAGGAUCUCAGAGGCCCAAAGGCUGGAUUUGAGAUCUCAGAGAUCCAAAGGCUGCAUUUGAGGAUCUCAGAGUCUUUCCCAAGUCCAGUCCUUCAGGGAUCCCAUUCCUCAGGGAUCACCCACACCCCACUCCUGUGCAGCAAAUGCCAAUUCUGGCCGUGCCACAGGAGGAGCCUGAGCAGGAUAAACUCCUUUAUUUCCCUCCUGUUCCCCGGCUGUGCCUCAUUACCGCCCGUGCCUGGUUUCACUGCAGCCCUUCCCACAAAAACAAGCGGGACCCGCGGUGUCUGUGCCGGGAGAGCUCCCCAGAGACCCCAAAGCUCCCGUGGAGGGAGAGGUGGGUUCUUGUUAGGCUCCGGGAAGAGCCAGGAAUGUAAAUCUGCUCCGCGCCUAAUUGCCCAUAAAUGUCAUUAAGUCGAGAAAUGUUUUCCACCAAAUUAACUUUGGCUGGCGGUGUCUAAUUAGCCGGAGAUGCUGAAAGAUAACAACUUAUCAGUGUCUGUUUAACAAACCAUCCCUAAUGGGGCCUUUUUGCGGCCGGGCAGGUACAGCUGGCACGGCCCGGCCUUCCCGGGGCAAUUAAGGACAAAGCCGGGGCCGCUUCCCACCGGGAGCCUCUGGCAGCUCCUUCUCAGGCCCAGCUUUGCGGGGAUUGCUCUGAGGCUGGGCAGGAGCAAAGAGGAAUUUCACUUUUCUUUCUUUUUAUUUUAAUUUUUCUUCCUUUCCCAGUGUGUGCAAACCUCCCUCCCUCAUUUCCCACUCACUCCAACCAAGGUCUCCCAAAGCCAAAGCUUUUCCAUCAGAGUUUCAGGUCUCCAGAGGAGAGGAAUGAGCAGGGAAGGGAUGGUUAAAUCCUCGUGGUUUGCUGUUUAAAGGCGGGGAUAUUCAGCUCUCUGCAGCACAGGAAGCUGGGGAAGGGGUGAUUAAUUAAAUCCCUUUAAAACCCUCGUGCUUUGCUGUGUCAAUCUGGAGCCCUGGAUGUAUUUUCCCCUUUCCAGAAGGAAGUUUUCCCUCGGGGAAGGGCAGUGUGUGUGAGGGGAUGGCACCGAGGGAGCAUCACCCGGAUUGUUUUUCACAAGGUUCUGCUGCAAAACAGAGCCUCAGGAGCAGAAAACUCACCCUGAGCUCCCGGAAUUGCUGUGUCUCAGGUGCAAUCUCUGAUCAGAGCUCUGGGACUCCCCUCUGCUGAGUUUAUUCCAUGCUGUCAUUGCACACAGAUGUUUAUUCCAACUCUUGACAGGAUGCAAACCCCCCCCCAUUCCUGCUUUCUCUGCCAAAUAACUUCCAAACUUUCAGCUCCUUGCUCAGCCCUGGUGUAAAUCAGCACAGCCAAUAAAUCUGGAAUUGCUUGUGCACAGCAAGCACCUGAUUCCCAAAAUGCAGCCGUAUCCUUCAGCAUCUCCCACAUUCUCAUCCUCAUAAUCUUCCAAAUGUUUAUCCAUUGAGAGAUUUAACACUCAUUUCCCGCUUUUUAACACUUCAUGCUGGUGGUACACAUUUCUCUCAGCCCCUUCCCUCUCCUUUCCCAGAGUGCUGGAAUCCAUCCAAGGGGCAAGAGCUCUGCAGUAAAACCUGUCCGAUCUUCUCACCAAAAAGGAAUUUUAACCAAACACCCACUUUUUUUUCCUUAAAUGGGAAGAGUGGCCUUGCUCAGUUUGGCAAUGGAUCCACCAGGAUGCAACAGGAACAGAAAUCAAAUCCAUGCUGGCAGAGAGGGGAAUGCAUCAAUGAUCCCUGCAGCUGGGUUAGAAAUUAGGAUUCCAUUCCUUGGGGCCUGGGAGGUUGUUUUAAUCUGGACACUGAAAAUUCCCCACAGCCACUGCACCUGUGCCACCCAGCAGGGACAGGGAAUCCCAUGUGUCCCCAGGCUGGCACCUCCAGGGAAGCUCCCACAGGUCAGAUCCCACCCCACAGAGCUGGGCUGGCACUCCCCACUGCUCCUGGCUUCUCCCCCUGGGCUGUCCUGCAGGAAACCAAAGGCCUGGGAGCUGCAGAGCAGGUCCUGGGGUGCCACACCAGCCUGGCUGUGCCACACGAGGGACGGUUUGGUGGCCCUGCCCUGUCUGGGAUGGAGGGAGCAGGAGCAGGGACACUGCAGGACACAGCUCUGGCCCUCAGGCUGGGAUUCGUGGGAAUUUCCCCUCCCUGUUCCCUGCCCAGGCCCCACUGCUGUUCUGCUGUUGAUUAUUUCUGCCCCAUCCCUGCUUUGUGCUGGCACAGGAGCUCAUCCAGUGCCUCACCCCACUCUGGCCUUUUUCCUGUGGGGAGUGGAGCUGGAUCAGCUGGCACUGCCUGCCCUGAGCCCUGGGCACUGCAGGAUGGUCCUGCAGGAAAGAGCAGGAUGGUCCUGCAGGCAGGAGAGGGAUUUGUUCCUGCAGGAAAGAGCAGGAUGGUCCUGCAGGACAGGGAUUUGUUCCUGCAGGCAGGACAGGGAUGUCCCAGGCAGGAGAGGGAUGUUCCUGCCAGAAGGAAGGGCAUGUUCCUCCAGGAAGGAGAAGGAAUGUUUUCCAGGCAGGAGCAGGAUGUUCCUGCAGGAAGGAGAGGGGUUUGUUCCUGGAGGAAGAGAGGGAUGUUCCAGGAAGGAGAGAGAUUUAUUCCUGCAGGCAGGAGAGGGAAUGUUUUUCCAGGCAGGAGAGGGAUGUUCCUGUGGGAAGGAGCAGGAUGCUUCUCCAGACAGGAGACAGAUGUUCCUGCAGGCAGGAGAGGGAAUGUUUUUCCAGGCAGGAGAGGGAUGUUUUUGUUUCCAGGCAGGAUCAGGCAGCAGAGCAGCCUCAGCCCCGUGCUCAGCCUCAGCCCAGCACCCCUUCCCAACGGCAUCUCGGAGAUUUUCCCCCUUUUUUUCCUCCUCGCUGGAUCCCUGCUCACCCCGCUCAUCCCAAACCCUCCUCAAUUUCACGGAAAAAGGCCAAAGUCUCUGAUGGUCUUUUUGCGACAGGAAAAACCACAAACCUUCAAUUUCUGCCCUGUCCCUCCCAGCUCUGCCCUGAACCGCACCCCGAACCGGAGCUCAGCGGGCGGGACCCGCCCGGCCCGGACCUGUUGCAGCCGCUGCCGGUUCCGCUGCCGGUGCCGGUGCCGGUUCCGUGUCCGAGUCCGUGUCCGUGUCCGUGUCCGGGUCCGGGUCCGGCCCCUCCGGUGUCGCUGUGGCCGCCGCUCGCCCCCCCGCGCGGCCGGGCUGGCCCAGCCUCAUUAG